AACAUGCGACUUUCACACUUCACUCUUAUAUAGUUCAGAAGCAUACGAUCCCCACUCUAAAGAAACCCAAAUCAACAGAGAAAGAAAAUUAAAAGAAGAAGAAACAAAAUGUCCCUGUUUCAAAAACUACUUAGCCAAAAUGGGCUAUACGAUUCAAGCUUUUUCUCAGACAUAAUGGGGUUUGAAUCCAACACCCAAAUGGAUUGGAAGGAGACACGUAAUUCCCACAUCUUCGAAAUCGAUCUUCCGGGUUUCACCAAGGAGGAUGUGAACCUCGAAUUACGCCAAGACAGAGUAAUAUGCGUCAGAGCAGAGAGAAAAGCACAAGAACAUGAAGAAGAAGAAGAAGAAGAGAAAAAGAAGCUGACGUGGCAUUGCAGGGAGAGAGUAGGGACAAGUGGGGUGUUUUCGAGGGAGUUGAGGUUGCCGGAGAAUUCGAAAGUCGAUGAUAUUAAGGCAUCAAUGCGUGAUGGGGUGUUGUCGAUAACAGUGGCUAAGGAUGAGAGUAAGAAGAAGCACAAGAGCCACAAGAAAGUGGUUCACAUAGAACAAGAACAUCAAGGUGUUGGUGCUAAUAACAAUAAUAAAGGGAUUGGGCGUUUUGUUUGUUGCAAAGCUUAGAAUGUUUGUUUGAUCAAAAGUUUUAGUAUGUGUUUGGAUGGUUUGUUAAACUGUAAUUUGAAUGAAAGUAAUUUUAUAGAAUUAAUUUUGGGUCGAA